GAGAACCCUUGUGCUUAAAAGUUACAGCCAACUCACAAUCAACAACAAAUCAGAGCACAGCUAAUGCGAUGCUAUGUUAGCGGUUUGAUUGACAUAAACACUAGCUUACAAACACUCAUAACUAACAAUGGCUGAAGUUGAGGAGACGCUGAAGAGAAUCCAGAGUCAGAAAGGAGUGCAAGGAAUCAUCAUCGUCAACUCAGAGGGCAUUCCUAUUAAAACCACUAUGGAUAACUCAAGUACAGUGCAGUAUGCAGGACUCAUCCACCAGCUGGUGAUGAAAGCACGGAGUACAGUGAGGGAUAUUGACCCACAGAAUGACCUCACUUUCCUCCGAGUUCGCUCGAAGAAGAAUGAGAUUAUGAUUGCUCCAGAUAAGGACUAUUUCCUGAUAGUCAUUCAGAACCCCACAGAGUGAAAAUGCUAUUUUCUGUAUAGCCUUUUAUUUAAACAUCUUUUUAUUUUUCUUCAGAAAAAAUAAUUUUAUGUAGUAUCUAUACGUGAAUAAUGUCAUACAGCCCACACUAAUAGGCAAUAUGGUCUCUGUCAAACAUGAACAUGUAAGGAUGUUCUGUAUUUCCUUAUCAUUCCAGCAUUUUUUUUUUUUUUUUGUAAAUUGUUUAAUCCACUUAACUUAUUGUUCAUUUAUUUGCUCUUUAUGCCAAUGCUCAAACAGUUUCUCACCACAAAGAUAGGAACUAAAUGUAUAAUGUUGCGCUGUCUGUCCUAAACAAUAAAACCAGUGUUAAGAUUAA